AUGGCUUAUAUAGGAAUAAUUUGUGCUUAUUCAUUGGCAUUGUUUUGGACAUUACUACCAGUUGUCGGUUGGUCCUACUACGAUUAUGAAGGUACGGGUGUUUCAUGCAGUAUAAAGUGGGAAGAACAAUCACUAAACGUCACCAGUUAUAAUAUGACAAUACUUGUCACUGUUUAUUUAGUACCAGUUAUUAUCAUGAUUGUGGUUAAUGUGAAAGUUUAUCUACUUGUACGUAAUCAUAAUCGAGAAAAUUUCUUGUGGAAUAAACGUGAUGCGAAUACAAAACGAAAAUUAAAAGUAGAACAUGAAGUUGCAAAAACUGUCAUCUUUAUUAUAGGUGGUUUUCUUCUGGCAUGGUCACCUUAUGCAUGUGUGGUGUUUGUUGGAGCUUUUAUUAAUCCAAAACUGAUACCGCCAAUCGUCGGCACAACGCCUGCCAUAUUCGCUAAAACAAGUCUUGUGUAUGUAAUGGCAUGA